UUUAAUAAACCGGCAUUAACAAUCAAAUACUUCAUUAUGUCCCACAGGAACACAGUAUAAUGCUAACGAAUCAGUAGGGUCACUCACGAUUUUGACGGUUCCAAGUUUGCAAUCCACUCCUGUGACAAAAUUUUGAAUGCGCGACGAUAACGACCAAUCACGGCAACUGCGCGACCGUAACGACCAAUCACGGUAGACGUAGGAUGUAGGCUCUGCCCUUACCUGUCAUUCAUCUGCGCAAAGGAAUAAAAUUUUUGAUGAAUUCGGUGACAUUUGUCGCAUUCAGGAGACGAAAAAGUGACGGAGCGGUUUCACAACUGUUAGGAAUUCCUUCACUGAAUGUUGCACUACUUACGGAACGGUCGCCAUGACAGUGAGCUUCAUUGAUAUUCCGCUACCUCCGUCCAGCGUAUGAUACUUUUGUGAAUUUGUCAACAGACUUGUUGAAAGAUGGCGUCAAGUAGUAAUUAUCAAUUGUAAAAUAGCGCAGACGUAAACAAUCCAUGGUCUUUGACCAUGAUUAUGAAGUAAAAAACAAUUUAUUGUGCAUAGGCUAGUAUAUAACCUCACAUAUAACAGAAAGUGAUAGGCUGUCACGCGUUUAGGGAGCGGAGCAUUCACAAGUCGAAACACAACUGUUAGCCGGGAACUGCUCCCUCACUUUUUCGUCUCCUGAAUGCGACAACUGUCACCAAAAUGUAACAUACAGAACAAAGGAUUUUUCGAGGAAUGGCCCUACUAAUUCGUUAGCAUUAUACUAAGACAGAGACUUCAUUAAGAUUAUAGAUUAACUAUUGAUAAUAUUUGAUUGCAGCUUCGAUUUAUUUUUUAAUCCGGUAGACUAGCUAAACAUUUUGAUAUAUCUACAUGUUUAUGAUUAGAAUUUUGGCUGAUAUAAUGUUAAUGUGCCGUUGUUAUCUUACCUAGUAUGGAGGUAAUUUAUGGUUUAUUGGAAUUAAAAAAGCAAUAAAGUUUGUUUACAAAAAAUUAAAUAUAUUAACAAUUUCACUCACGGUGCCUACAAUUGUGUAACCCAUCCAGAAAACCUCUUUUUUAUUUUAUUAUGCGAUCCUGUAUAAUGUUUUUAAUGUUUGGUAUGUGUCAAUUUUGUAUCUUUACAUAUAUUUUCAUAUACAUUUAUUUAUUCGAAAGAAAGAAAAGAAAACAAUAUUUAUUUUAUAAACAUCUUGAAAUCUUCAAAGAAAAAUACUUACAUAGGUAAUCGGGAGGAAUUUAUAAACUUUUUCAAAAGAAGUAAGAAAGUAUAAAGUAGUAAUGGACAUUUUUGAUUGUAGGAUUUAAUGGCGGCAUCGCACUUCGCUAUGUGUUAUUUGUUAUGCGCUUUAUUGGGCCACAUAAGACGAAGUGUAUAGAGUUUAGUGAUGUAAAAAAACGUGUUUUUUUUUUAUUCUAAAAAAAAACGAAAAAAAAAACAAUAAAACACGUGUUUUUUUUGUUUUUAAUUGUUUUUUAUUAGUUUCUCAACGUAAUAUUAACAAUAUCAAUAUUAGGAGUUGUUUGUAAGCCUAAAAAUCACCCAAUAUUUCAAUAUUAUAUCCAAAACAUCUAGAAACUCAGUGUUUGACGUUCCUUUUUAAAAAAUAUUGAAACAUUAAACCCUUACUGCCUUUAUCUAUUAUUUUUUUACGUCGUUGCUUUUGGGGAAUCACCGAAAUUUAGCAGGACGCUCGUAUUCGUUGGCGCUGAGAAAACCGGGGAAUUACCGAUUAGCUUUUGCAGGUGUUCUGUUGUUAUUUUGUGAUUUACUUGCCUUGUGCCGGAAAUAUUUGUGUUUAGUGCUUAUUUAAAUAACUAUAUAUAUAAUAAUAUUUAGUGCUAAAUUUAACAAGUCUGAAAUCGUUUACUGCCGAGGCUGUUGCCCUUACAAAGGCCAUCCGACAAAGCCACAUAUUAUCUGCGUGGGUAAAGGAAAAAAAACGAAUUAAAAAUAAGUUGCAGUCUUAAACUCCCAGUGCCUACCAGAUGGGGAUCAUUAGUUCUUUGUCUACAAUCAUUGCUUGCUAACAAACAAAUAAUAAAAAGGAUGGCUAUCAAUGAAGAAGUUGAAAAGACAGUAAGCAAACACCCAUCUUUAAAAAAAAUGCUCUAAGCGAUAUAUUUUGGGACCGGGUACAAGGAUACAUUAUGCUUCUGGAACCAAUUGCUAACACAAUUACCUCUGUAGAAGGUGACACACCAACGAUUUCAAAAUGUCUGCAUUUAUUUAAAAAAAUGGUUAACACCUCAUUAGAAAAUGUCACUAAAAGUCCAUUGUUAUCCAAAGAGGAAGCAGAUACAAGGGCAAUUUUUGAAAAUCGGAAGAAGUUUGCUAUUUAUAGUGUUCAUUUUGUAGCUAACCUUUUGGAUCCAAAAUAUCGUGGCUGCGAACUUAGCUCAGAUGAGAUGACUGAUGCGACAGAAGUCAUAUACAAGGUAGCACAGAAGAUGCCAGAUGUCGAUGAAGCAGCCGUCUUAGCUGACGUUGUCAAUUUUAUUGCAAAAGAAGGACUAUUCAAAAAGGCUUUUCUAUGGAAUGAUGACACAAUUGCAGCUAUCCUAGCUUCACAGUCAAUCCUGCAUUAGAAUCUGAACCGGAACCAAUGAUAAUAUCCAAUUCAGAUCAGUCGGAGUCUGUCUUUGAAAGUGAUGAAGAGGAAGCUUCAGAGUCUGAAGAAAAUGCAGAUAGCGACGGGACGGAUCAGUGUUCAUUUAAGGGAUUCGGUUAAUUAAUUGAACCUUUUCAAUCAUUAAGACGUUGUUUUUUUAUUUGAUAAAUUUUUAUUACUUA